CUCGAUUAGCCGCCCCUGGGCGCAGGGGGACUUUAAAGGCUGGCGCAGGCAGGCAGCCACAGUCUUGGAGCUGCAGCAGAGGCGGCGGCUUCCAGGUGAGAAGGAGGAGGAGGAUGAUCAGGCAGCCCCAGCAUCUCUGGCCUCUCCUCUGAGUACAUGUGCUCACAGCUGGAAGUGGAGUCCUUCUCUGUGGCAAUGUGGACCAUUGGGCUUGGAGCCAUUGGGGCUGCUGUGACAGGGAUAAUCCUUGCCAAUACAGAUUUAUUUCUAUCUAAAGCAGAAAAGGCCUCACUGGAUUUUCUGGAGGAAAUAGAUCUGAAGACUAUUGGAGCAGGAGAGCAAAGAACCUUCAAAGCAGAGGAGCUGUGGAAGAAGAAUGGCGCUGUCAUCAUGGCAGUGCGUCGACCUGGAUGAUUUUUAUGCAGAGAGGAGGCUGCUGAGCUGUCCUCUCUGAAGCCUCAGCUUGACCAGCUGGGCGUCCGUCUAUAUGCUGUUGUGAAAGAGAACAUUGGGACUGAAGUGGCGGAUUUUCAGCCAUAUUUCAAAGGGGAAAUAUUUCUGGAUGAAAAGAAACAAUUCUAUGGACCUCAGAAAAGAAAGAUGUUGUUCAUGGGCUUUAUUCGCUGCAGUGUGUGGAGGAAUUUCUUCCGUGCAUGGAAGAGUGGAUAUACUGGCAACUUGGAUGGAGAAGGCUUUGUUCUUGGAGGAGUUUUUGUAGUUGGUCCUGGAAAACAGGGAGUUCUGCUAGAGCACCGUGAGAAAGAAUUUGGAGACAAAGUGAGCCUUGAUGCUGUCCUUGAAGCUGUCAAGAAGAUCAAGCCGCAACCUUCAGAACAGAAGAAAUAAACAUACAUGCUAUCCUCUUAGUAUGCCUGGGUGUAAACUCACAUUAGGUUGUAAAAACUUCCCAGAGACCAGCUGCAUAAUGCCCAGCUGUAAUGGCUGUCUACUACUGUUGGCUUCAGAUACCUGGUGAUUCCUUCAGCCUUUGUUUUACUGGAUUAAUGAAAGGCUUGGUCUGAAAUCUUAAGAUCCAGCCAAGAUAGUUUCCAGUUAGAACAAUACUGCUAGGGGUAUCGGGGUAUCUGCAUGGAGAACAGAUGGAGGAAAACUAAUAAACACUAAAUUCAAAGUUAUUACAAAAUAA